UCUUUUCUUCCCCCUAAUUUGCUCUUUCUGCACCCAUCCAGCACUCCCCAACUGGCAACACUGCUCAGAGCUGCUGGGUCAUUCAGCCCAGUCUGCUCUCCCAGCCUGUGGAGUGUGGUCCAGCCUCUUGCUGAGCACAUUGAGAGGAACUGGCUGUCUUUGACCUCCACCUCCAGAUCCGAGUCAAGGAACAUUUUCAUAAUGGACACUUCAUCCAAAGAAAAUAUCCAGUUAUUCUGCAAAAAUUCAGUGCAACCUGUUGAGAGGCCUUCCUUUAAAACAGAAUAUUCCCCCUCAGAGGAGAAACCACCGUGCUGUGGUGAACUAAAGAUGUUCUUGGGUGCCUUGUCUUUUGUUUACUUUGCCAAGGCGCUGGCAGAAGGCUAUCUGAAGAGCACCAUCACCCAGAUAGAGAGAAGGUUUGAAAUCCCUUCUUCAUUGGUGGGAGUUAUCGAUGGAAGCUUUGAAAUUGGGAAUCUUUUAGUUAUAACAUUCGUUAGCUACUUUGGAGCCAGACUUCACAGGCCAAAAAUCAUCGGCGCAGGCUGCCUGGUCAUGGGCGUCGGGACGCUGCUCAUCGCGUUGCCUCAGCUCUUCAUGGAACAGUACAGAUAUGAAAGGUAUUCUUCUUUCUCCAAUUCCACUAGUAGCAUCUCGCCAUGUUUCCUGGAGACUAACAGUCAAUUACCAACCUCAGUUAUGGAAAAAGCACAAUCUAAAAUAAAUAAUGAAUGUGAAAUCGACACCAGCUCCUCCAUGUGGGUUUAUGUUUUCCUGGGGAACCUUCUUCGUGGAAUUGGAGAAACACCCAUUCAGCCCCUAGGCAUCACCUACCUUGAUGAUUUUGCCAGUGAAGACAAUGCAGCUUUCUAUAUUGGGUGUGUGCAAACGGUUGCAAUUAUAGGACCAAUCUUUGGCUUCCUGUUAGGCUCAUUAUGUGCCAAACUGUAUGUUGACAUUGGCUUUGUAAACCUAGAUCACAUAACCAUCACCCCAAAGGACCCUCAGUGGGUAGGUGCCUGGUGGCUUGGUUACCUAAUCGCAGGAGUCCUAAGUCUUGUUGCAGCUCUGCCUUUCUGGUGUUUACCAAAGAGUCUUCUGAGACCCCAAAGUAGAGAGGAUUCCAGUUCUUCUGAGAAGUCCAAGUUUAUUAUAGAUGAUCACACGGAGUACCAAACACCCCGUAGAGAAAAAGCAAAAAUGAUGGAAAUGGCAAGAGAUUUUCUUCCAUCAUUGAAGAAUCUUUUUGGAAAUCCAGUAUACUUCUUGUAUUUGUGUGCGAGCACCCUUCAGUUCAAUUCUCUAUUUGGCAUGGUGACAUACAAACCGAAGUACAUCGAGCAGCAGUAUGGGCAGUCACCCUCCAAGGCCAACUUUGUUAUCGGGCUCAUCAACAUCCCUGCAGUAGCCCUUGGAAUAUUCUCGGGGGGGAUAGUCAUGAAAAAAUUCAGAAUCAGUAUAUUUGGAGCUGCAAAAAUCUACUUGGGAUCGUCUGUUCUUGGGUACCUCCUGCUCCUUUCCCUGUUUGCACUGGGCUGUGAAAAUUCCGACGUGGCAGGACUAACUGUCUCUUACCAAGGAACCAAACCUGUCUCUUAUCAUGAACGAGCUCUCUUUUCAGAUUGCAACUCAAGAUGCAAAUGUUCAGAGACAAACUGGGAACCCAUGUGUGGUGAAAAUGGAAUCACAUAUGCAUCGGCUUGUCUUGCUGGUUGUCAAACCUCCACCAGGAGUGGAAAAACUAUAAUAUUUCAUAACUGCACCUGUGUGGGAAUUGCAGCCUCAAUAUCAGGAAAUUUCUCAGGCAUGGUGGGCAGAUGCCAAAAAGACAAUGAGUGUCCCAAAAUGUUUCUGUAUUUCCUUGUAAUAUCAGUCAUCACAUCCUAUACUUUAUCUUUGGGUGGCAUACCUGGAUACAUAUUGCUUCUGAGGUGCAUUAAGCCACAACUUAAGUCUUUUGCGCUGGGUAUCUACACUUUGGCAAUAAGAGUUCUUGCAGGCAUCCCAGCUCCCGUAUAUUUUGGAGUUUUGAUUGACACUUCAUGCCUCAAAUGGGGAUUUAAAAGAUGUGGAAGCAGAGGAUCCUGCAGAUUAUAUGACUCGAAUGUUUUCAGACACAUAUAUUUGGGACUAACUAUGCUGCUGGGCGUAAUGUCCAUUUUCCUAAGUAUUUCAGUGCUUUACACUUUAAAGAAAAAUUAUGUUUCAAAGCAUAGAAGCCUCAGAACCAAGAGAGAAAGAACAAUGGUGUCUACAAGAAUCAGGAAGGAGAGUUGUGCUACAAGUGACCUCUUACUGCGACCCAGCUGCUGGCCAGGCAAGGAGACACAGCUUUAGAAAAAUGAUGUCUUAUGCCAUCUCUUCUAUUUUCUGGAAAUUCUGCAAACCAAUUUGAAUCAACAUGUACAUUCUUUAUCCUUUUGAAAAACAUCUACUUUGUUUUUGAUACUAGUUAUUAGAUAAUGCAUCUGAUAACAAAUAGAAUUAAUCAUAUUAUAGAAAAUAUAGAUAAUGAAAGUAAAAAUUUUAUUUAUAUAUAAAUCUCUUAUGUUAUUUACUCAAUCUGCUUCAUUUACCUUGUGCCCAUUGACGUAUUAGUUAUAUUCCUAGUAGAACAAUUGUCCCUAUAGUCUAAUAGCUAUGUGUAAAGUAAUUUUUAGGCUGAGAUACUAAUCUAGGAAAAGAGAAAACUGUUAAAAAUUGAACCACGUCUUGGCCUCUUUCAAACAUCACCUUAAUGAUGUUGUUAAGAUAGAGCCAGAACAUGUUGAGAAAAUUUUCAUUUUAACCUUCUCGUUUCUUUUGAAAUACCAUCACUGAUGUAGAAAUGUAUAGAGGUAAAUGAUCUUAGGGGAUUUGAAUUUUGGAUAAUUAGUUUUUCUACCAUUUAUUGCAUGUGCUUUAUGUGUGACAUUUUAA